AUGCCUCCCUAUUCUGAAAUGAGGAAAAGCAACCACUUCUAUUACUUCAUCAAAUUUACCCUCAAUGUCUAUUCGAUGCUAUUUUCGCUGGUGGGUCUUUGUGUGCUCUGCGUGGGGGUUUAUGCCGAAGUGGAAAGACAGAAAAAUCGAACCCUGGAGGGUCUCUUCCUGGCUCCUGCAGUGGUGCUGAUCCUGCUGGGUCUGGUAAUGUUCACAGUCUCACUUGUGGGCAUGGUUGGCUCCCUCAGGGAUAACAAAACCUUGCUACACAUGUUUCUCUGUGUUCUCUGCGUGUUGCUUCUUCUCCAGGCCAUCGCCCUCGUUAUAGCUCUCAUCUUUGAAAAGAAGACGUCUUCCUUGUUUCAAAGCAGUAUACGAGAGGGUAUCAAACACUACUACGACGACUUGGACUUCAAAAACAUCUUAGAUUACGUGCAGGAAAAGUUUUCAUGUUGUGGAGGGGAUGAAUAUAAGGACUGGGGAGUCAACCAAUACCAUUUCUGCAACGGUACGGGCCCACUAGCCUGUGGAGUUCCAUAUACCUGCUGUGUCCGCCGUGAGGUAGGAGAAGUAAUUAACACCCUGUGUGGGUCCAAGGCUCUGGAAAGACAGCGUGAAACCCUGCAGGAGGAUAUCCAUGUGCGAGGCUGCAUCCAUGCAGUCAACCUUUGGAUGAGUGACAACAUUGGAAUAACUGUCGCGCUGUGUUGUGCCAUAGGACUGCCACAGCUGCUAGGCAUCAUCUUGAGCUGCGUCUUCUGGAACCUUCUGGUUGAAAUGAGCCAAUCUGUCGACAUGGUGGACUUCAAGCUGAAGAAGCUGGAGUUCCAGUACAGCGAGCUGGACCUGGCCGGUGCCGGCUGGUGCAUGUGCCUACCGAGGGACGGCGGCUACUUGCCCGUUCCGGCUUCAGAACCCGAGCUGGAUCCCAUUGACAUUCACCUGCAGAAGCUGAAAAAGCAGCCGCCUCGCACUCACGCUCAGCUCCGAGAACUCCAACAGUCCAGAUCGGCCAUCGGGUUGGACGAGGUAGACGUGGGCCGCAAGCUGAAAAGGGAACACUGA